CUCUCGAAACCUCUCCACCUACCUUUCCGAGAAGGCGAUUCUCUCUUCCUCCAUGGUUCUUCGACUUGCCGGCGAAAGUCCAUGUCUCCAUGGGACUCAGACGAAACGAGAUCGUCUCUCUCUGUGGCUCGCAGACGAAAGGGCGAUUCUCUCUCUCUCUCUCUCUCUUUGUGACUCCUGGAGGAAACGAAGCCAGACCUCUCUCUCUCGGUGGCUGACGUCGACGAAGGAAAUCGUCGAUUAUCUCCCUCUCCGUGGGGCUUCUCGUCGGCGAAGGACGGCACUCUCUUUCUGGGUCGAUAAACUGGAAUCUGAAGGUUCGAUUCUUUCUCGCGGUGGUAGUCGUCGACGGCGAUAUAUGGCUAUCUGUCGGUGGCUCUCCUCCACGGCGACAGAGCUCUCUGUCGAUGCCUCUCCGCGAUUCGUACAGGUAAUGCUUCUGUUUCAUGUUCUUCAAUGAUGUAUGUCUCUGAUUGUGGCUUCAUAAGUUGUGAUUUGUUUGUUGCAAGUGAAUCUAUUUUGAUAAUGUUUCUGUCAUAUGAUUUUGUUGGGUUUAGCUGGAACAAUUUUUUUUCCAAGCUUGUUUUGUUUGUUGCAAGUUCAUCAAUGUUUAUUUGGCUAUUUUUGCUGAUUGAAUUUAUUUUGUUUCUGCCUUUGUGUGGUGAGAUGAAAGGAUCAACGUGAGACAAGGGAUCAACUUGCGUUUGAUCUGCUAAGUGGAAAGAGAGGUCAGGAAGGUUCUUCAAUGCAGGAUGCUUGCGUGACAUGAGUUUUGGAGUUUUGCCUUCGACUGAAGCGAGUCACGGAGUGGAGUGUCUGUUAGUGUCUUUAUGUGUAUGUGUCUAUAUGUGUACGUGUCUGUUAGUUUCAAGUGGAGUGUGGCCUUUAUGUGUCUGUUAGUGUCAAGUGGGGAUGUCACGGACUUGUAUGUCACGGACUUGUAUGUCCGUUAGUGUCAAGUGGACUUGUAUAUCACGGACGUGUUUAUAUGCACUCAUCUUCUCUAUUUAUAUGCACUCAUCUUCUCUUUAUAUCAAUCGCCAAAACAAACUCCUCUCCUCUCUUCAAACACAACAACAACAAACUCAUCUCCUCUCUUCAAACACAACAACAACAAACUCACAAAAACCAUCUCAUAUUUUCAAUCACCAUAUAUGGCUUCUUCUUCACAAAAUACUUUAGAUGAAUCUUUUGAUGAUGAUGCUUUUGAUGAUGCAUUUGAUGAGGUCUUUGAUCAACAUUUUGAUCAAGCCUUUGAAAAUUUAAUCAUUCAUCGUGAUCAAGAAGAACGGAGAAAGAAAAGAAAAAAACGAGCGUAUAUAGAAAGAAAUCGUGAGGAAGGGCAUAUCCGUUUAUGGAAUGAUUAUUUUAGUGAUACUCCAACGUAUCCUGAAAAUUUAUUCCGUCGACGUUUUAGAAUGAACAAACCAUUAUUUACGCGCAUUGUUGAUCGUCUCUCCAACGAAGUUCUUUACUUUAAGGAAAAGCAAGAUGGUCUCGGAAGGAGUAGUCUCUCUCCCCUUCAAAAGUGUACUGCAGCCAUUCGUGUAUUGGCAUAUGGUUCUGCGGCUGAUGCGGUCGACGAAUACCUCCGGCUCGGUGAAACAACAACUCGGUUAUGCGUGGAAAAUUUCGUCGAAGGGAUUAUAUGUUUGUUUGGCGAUGAGUACCUAAGAAAACCGACACCGGCUGAUCUUCAACGUCUACUUAAUGUUGGAGAGUAUCGAGGAUUUCCCGGAAUGAUUGGAAGCAUCGAUUGUAUGCACUGGGAGUGGAAUAAUUGUCCCACCGCUUGGAAAGGGCAAUAUUCCCGUGGUUCGGGUAAACCAACAAUUGUUUUAGAGGCGGUUGCUUCAUACGAUCUCUGGAUAUGGCACGCAUUUUUUGGACCUCCAGGUACGUUAAACGAUAUCAAUGUUCUUGAUCGCUCGCCUGUUUUUGAUGACAUUAUAAAGGGUCAUACGCCAGAAGUCACUUACUAUGUCAAUGGAAGAGAGUAUCACAUGACUUACUAUCUCACAGAUGGUAUUUACCCAAAAUGGGCAACUUUUAUCCAAUCGAUUCAACUACCCCAAGGGCCGAAAGCAGUUUUAUUUGCUCAACGUCAAGAAGCUGUCCGAAAGGAUGUCGAGCGUGCUUUUGGAGUCUUGCAAGCUCGCUUUGCCAUUGUUAAAAAUCCCGCACUUUUUUGGGAUAAAGUCAAAAUUGGGAAGAUUAUGCGAGCAUGUAUCUUACUCCAUAAUAUGAUUGUUGAAGACGAACGAGAUUCAUACACUCUGCUUGAUUCUUCGGAGUUCGAACAAGCAGAAGACAACGGAAGUUCGCAUGUCGAUCUCAAUUUCUUCACAGAUAUGCCUACAAAUAUUGCUAAUAUGAUGGGUGUUCUAACUACAAUUCGUGAUAGACAGAUGCAUCAACAACUAAAAGCUGAUUUAGUUGAACAUUUAUGGUCUAAAUUUGGAGGAGAUGAAGACGACAACUGA